CCAUUUGGCUAAAUCAUUUCGUUCGGUGGCAAUCUCCUUAGGGAUGCAUCGUGAACCAUCAUCACUUCGAUAUAGACAUCAAUCCAAGGUUUCCUUCGGGUCCUUUCACAUCCUCAACUUUUAUCACUUCUAUUUCUUUCCGGCCCCCAUCUUUACGCCAUCGAUAUGAAUCCAAGUGGGUCAGAAGCUAUGCCUCCGCCUGAGCGGCCCCAGCCUAUUCAGUUCCCGCCCCCAGACUUCAAGAACUACCCCUUCCCAGCUCUCCCGGCUCCGUCUCCCGAGCCCCGUCUCCAGGAUCCCAUCUUCCUUCCCGGUGCCAAUAAGCUUGAUAGAAUGACCUUCGAAAGCUGGGGUGAUGGGACUGACUCCACCCCCUUGGUAAUGAUCCAGGGUUUUCCAUUCAACUCGUGGAUCUGGAGCCAUGUGGUGUUAGCCCUUCGUUCAAGAUAUACAAUCUUUCUGUGGGACCUGCCGAUCCGCAGCAUCCCGACGAUCGCUGGAGAAGAUCAUACCUCGCUCGAAUUCCAAGCGAAGAAUUUCGCUCGCAUGCUUAAGGGCCGUUUCGGCAACGAACGUGUCAGCAUCAUAGCCCAUGGUUUCGGCGCUGCUAUAGCACUUCACGCCUACAUGACGCAUGGAGUGAAUUACAAAUUCUUGGUACUCGUGAGCCCCAUGGUCAUCCCGCCAUGGGACCGGACACCCAUUUUCCCGUUGUUGAGAAACAAGAAGUAUGUAAGCCGGUUGCCGUGUCGACUCCACGGAGCUCUCGUACGCGAGAGUAUCUUGUCUGCUAGUUGCAGGGGUAUAGACAGUGUUUUACUUCGUUUGCUCAGUCAUCAAUGGACUAGCGAGGACGGGAAAAAAGCUUUCUACAAACACAUUCCUGAUCCAAGUACAAAUUUCCGCGACUCUCCGCAAUGGGUAAAAAUCGGCGACUUUCCUGUGGUCAUAUGCUAUGGAGAAUGUGAUGGGUGGAUUGAGGAAGGUCGGAUAAAUGAAUUAAGAUCCCUUAUCGGCAAUGCAGGGCCGGUGAAUGUUCCAUUGGCAGGUCAUCUGGUCAUGGUGGACCAACCCGCAGCGCUGGUGGAAAUUAUUCUUCGCUCCCAGCGCCACUAUAAUUCGGGUUAAGACCAUUAGGUCCCAAAAUGGGGAGUGAAUUAUCAUGUCCAGCGGUAGCUUUAUCGGAUCAUCUGCAUCAUUUUUCAUCCUCGUGUCAUCAGUUAUGUCACAUAGUAUCAUUCUAAUACAUAGACAAAGACAUGAUAUACUUCCGCUUG